AUGUUGGCAACAUUAAGAAAUCUAAAUAAAAGGCUGCACCAAACAUUUUUAAAUCCAUUCUCUAAAUGCAACAAUGAAGAAUUCAAUGACAAACAGCACUCUGAUUUCCGACAAGAAUAUAACAUUUUACGCAUCAAGCAUAAUCUUCCUGUCGCUUUGCCGCAACUUUUUGGCUUUUGCAUGAAGUGGGAAGAAAUAACUGAACAACGAAUUGAGCUUGUAGUGGAAUUUAUAUUUUUGAACGGUCAUUUAUAA